AUGGCCAAUCCUGGGAACAGAAGAGGGAUCUACCGCCCCUUGACCCUUACCUGCUCCCUGCUCAUUGUGGGAAUGUGCUGUGUGUCUCCUUUCUUCUGCCAUAGCCAGACAGACCUGCUGGCCCUUAAUCAAGCUGAUCCUCAGUGCUGGGAAUCUUCUUCAGUGCUCCUCCUAGAAAUGCGGAAGCCUCGAAUUUCUAACACUGUUUCAGGUUUCUGGGAUUUUAUGAUCUACCUAAAGUCAUCUGAGAACUUGAAGCACGGGGCACUGUUUUGGGAUCUGGCCCAACUCUUCUGGGACAUCUAUGUGGACUGUGUCCUCUCCAGGAACCAUGGCUUAGGAAGGAGGCAAUUGGCUGGGAAGGAAGAGGAGAUUGCAGCAGUGCGUCCACAGCACACAGGGAGAAAACAAGGUUCAUAUUCUCAGCAGCUAAGAACACCUUUCCUAAAGAAGAAAGAGUUGAUUGAAGGUGUGAUAAGCAUGCACUUGCACGGAAGUGGGUCUAAGCUCAUUGGGAAAGUCACCCGUGGCCUGGAAAUAAAGAGAAAGUAA